AUGGGGUGGUUCUUCAGACAGUUGAAAGUGGUUAUUGCUGAUUGUCAAGACCUAGCUUUUGUCUCAGAUAGAAAUGCGUCUAUUUCUAAAGCUAUUGGGACUGUCUACCCUCGAUCAGCACAUGGAAUUUGCAUUCAUCACUUAUUGACCAAUGUGGUCUCAUUUUUCAAGACAAAAGGAUUGACUGCGUUGGUAGAAAAGGCUUCACGGGCAUAUAGAUACACUGAAUUUCAAGAACGUAUCACCGAAAUUUUCGAUAUGAGUCCUGAGCUUGGAAGAUAUCUACGGGAGGCUGAUGUGCGCAAAUGGGCUCGUUCUCUCUUCCCUGGUUCCAGGUAUGACAUUAGGACCACGAACCCUGCAGAGUCUAUAAAUUCAGUUCUUAGAAUACCUAGAGAAUAUCCGGUUAUUCCUUUGCUUGAUAGUAUAAGAGAACUGUUGACUCGAUGGUUCUAUGAGCGUCGCUUGUUAAGCUCAAAGCAUCUAGAUCCUUUAACCGCUAAGGUGGAGAGAAAGAUUGAUAGGAGAAUUGUGAAGGCAAAAGGAUUCCAGGUUUACAAGGUUGACAACUUCAGAUCGGUUGUAAAAGGAGACAUAUAUGAUUGUCAUGUUGAUUUGGAAAGAAGAACAUGCACAUGUGGUAAGUAUGAUAUAGGAAAAAUUCCUUGCCGACACGCCAUUCCUGCAAUUUAUUCACGAGGUAUGGAAGUGCACAGAUUCACUGACGCCUUAUACAGCACUGCAGCGUGGAGAACCGCCUAUGCAGAUUCCAUUAAUCCAAUAGCAGUUGUAGAGUCAGAAUGGAAUGUCCCUGCUGAGGUUAAACUUGCAAAGGUUUUACCACCAAAGACAAGAAAGAGUGCUGGUCGACCAGUAAAGAGAAGGUAUGAAUCAGUAGAAGACAAGAUCGCAUCUUCUCAAGGAUCAAAGAAGAAUAAAAAGCAUAAGUGUAGCCGUUGUUGA